AUGCAAUGCAAACCGGAAAAGAAAAUAUCUACAGUCUACGGCGAAGGUUCAGUCGGGUAUGGAGCUGAAGGUGUUAACAUUGUUGCGGGCUAUGCGCCUGGAGUCAGUGGUAUGCCAACUGUAAACGAAGACGAUUGUAUUAACGACGAAAUUCGUGAUAGUUCUAAACUAUCAACUGCUACUGAGUGUGCACGAACAUGUCACAAAGGCGCCAAACCGAAAAUUUGUUAUUAUAAAUUCAUGGUUGAACGUUAUCCCAUCAGUGGACAAGCAUGCAGUCUUUGCACACCAAACGUGACUACUCACAUAUGCGCCAAUUGUCAGUGCGUGCCUGGCAACGGCGUUCAACGUAUGGGGUUACUAGUGAACAGAAUGAUGCCUGGACCAGCCAUAAACGUGUGCCAGGGUGAUAAAAUUGUGGUCGAUGUUGAGAACGGUAUAAAGGAGGAUGCAAUUUCAAUCCACUGGCACGGAGUGUUUCAGAAAGGGACUCAACACUACGACGGGGUGCCCAGUUUAACUCAAUGUCCAAUUACUUUUAGAACCACGUUCAGGUAUGCGUUUUAUGCAAAUAAUUGCGGAACUCAUUUCUGGCACGCUCAUACAGGACUGCAGAAAAUGGACGGCAUUUUCGGCAGUUUAAUCGUAAGAGAACCAGUGGAGACCGAUCUUUACGCGAAACUUUAUGAUUUCGAUUUAGUGCAACACAUUAUAGUGAUCAACGACUGGAUGGACGAACUGGCCACCGAACGACAUCCGGGUCGCAUAAGCGGCGUAGUUCUUCAACAUCCUGAUGCCGUGUUGAUCAAUGGAAGGGGAAAUUACACAUACGCCAAUGGCAGUUCAACGAACAUUCCAUUGGAGGUUUUCACUGUGGAACCAAAUCAGCGAUAUCGUUUCCGUUUAAUUAACGCUUUCUGUGCGGUCUGCCCUGGUGAAUUGACUAUCGAAGGGCAUAAUGUUACGGUUAUUACGACUGAUGGACUGAAAGUGAAACCUACCGUGGUAGAUACUAUAAUCUCGUUCCCAGCGGAACGGUUUGACUUCAUCUUAGAAACUAACCAACGUCCUGGCACUUACUGGAUACAACUUCGUUUAAUAGGUGUUUGCUCACAAUUGCUAGGCAGAAGCAUUCAACAAUUAGCUAAGAUACAAUAUUUAGGUAAAACCCAGAGACCAACGUCACCGAUGCCUACGUAUAACCAGACUCUACCCAGCAAAAUAACCCUAAACCCAUUGGAUGGUGACUGCAAUGUGAAGCGUCCAAAUCUCAUUUGCAUCAGUGACUUGAGGAAUUUCGGUUACAUCGAUUCAGGAAUCGAGAAACAAGAGCCGGACGUAAAAUUAUUUUUAGCCCUGGGAUUCAACAACAUUCCAUCGGCACAGUUCUUCAAACCGAACGAAUACGAGGACUUUUUCGUAGUACCUAAUCCAUCGUUGGAUCUCAAUGCACAUAUGAACGGAAUUACGUUCCGUUUUCCUCCUUCUCCGCCGAUAUCUCAACUUAAGGAUCUUGAUCAGAGUCAAUUUUGCAAUGAUACGCAUAUACCAUCUACCUGUAAGCAGAAUUCCACUUGUUCGUGCACGCAUAUCAUAAACCUUCCGCUGGACGCUAUCGUGGAAAUCGUCCUGGUCGACGAGGGUGGUGCGGGAUUUUUGAAUCAUCCCUUCCAUCUGCAUGGAUCUGGUUUUCAUGUCUUGACAAUGAGCCAGCCGUAUGGUACUUUAGUGAAUGCCACACGGAAUAUAACACGGGAUCAUAUCAGAGAUCUUGAUAGACAAGGUAAAUUACCGCGAAAUCUGAAAGCUCCUCCUGGCAAAGAUACUAUUCCUGUACCAAACAAUGGGUAUAUCGUGAUCAGAUUCCGUGCUAGUAAUCCAGGGGUAUGGUUGUUCCAUUGCCACUUCGUUUUCCAUCAGCAAGUCGGUAUGGAACUUAUUUUCCGCGUUGGAAAUCAAGAUGAUGUGCCGAAGACGCCAAAAGGCUUUCCAAAAUGCGGGGACUUUAAGCCUAUGAUCAAGCACAUCGAUAAUGACAGUUGCGAGAAAAAACCAGCCAGAUCACAAGAAGAAUGGGUAGAGAAACCACCCAGAUUAUAUGAAGAAUCGGAAGAAGAACGACCGAUAUAUUCGAUAAGAAAACCCAUUUGGUGGCCAAUAAAGGGACUACAUUAG